AUGACCGACCCGACGCAAAAGAGAGUGAAAUUCCAGCUCUUGUCUGAUCUCCACUUACAGACCAGUACCGGCUCUUACAACUAUGACUUCCCCAGAAACGCAGACUACCUGCUCUUAGCUGGCGACAUCGGCUCCGCGGGGCGCCCUUUGUCAAGGUUCGGUCUAAACCAUCUGGAAGAGUAUACAAAAUUCCUCCAGCGACAAUGCGAAAGGUUUAAACGGGUAAUUCUGAUAGCAGGAAACCACGAGUACAAGCAAAAUUCUAUCAUGUUUGGCAAUCAAGUCUUGAAGGCCUUGGAAACUGAUGUGCGCAUGGGUGGUAAGUUCACGUUUUUGGAGUCAGAGGUUUACGACUUGAAAGAUGAAGAGACUGGGGAGACUCUCAUUCAUAUCUUGGGAUGCGUUAUGUGGUCUAGGAUCUUGCGCCAACACUUCGGUUUUCGUUACAAUGACCUUGAUGGUGGCGACGGUGCAGGUAUCACAGGCGAAACUAUCGCAGAACACAACAAACGUUUUGAAGAGGCUCUCAAAUUCCUGAAAUUAAGAGUUAAAACAGCUCGGAUAAAAUCGCGCACGCAAAGAAUCUUGGUGAUGACCCAUCAUGCUCCCGCUAUAAGAGGUACAUCUAGACCAGCAUGGGACGGGACUGGUCCAGCAUGGAGUAAUUAUCAGAACGAUAUCCUCGGAGGAGAAGGCAUAGAGGGCUUGCAGGAAGGUGAUGUUUGGGUAUUUGGCCAUACUCAUUGGUCUGUCAACAAGUACAUGCUCGACGAGGUAAGGUUGAUUGCAAACCAACGAGGAGGUUCGCAGGAACAGACUCGAGUGAACAACGUGUAUGAUCCCGGCUUUACCUUCGAAAUGUAA